CCAGAUUCAAAAUCACAAAAAUUCUCUCUUUAUAUUCUCAUUAAAUUUCAUCUAAAAAUCUCCUUUAAACAAUCAUCAAAAUUCAUUUAUAAAGUCAAAUAAGACUUUUUUUACAUCAGUCUGUAACAACAUUUUAAGUAAUCAAGACGAAAAAGAAAAUUAACAAAAAAAAAAUGAAAUUGACAUUUUUCUUCAUCCUUUUCGUUGCAGUAAUUGCUGUUUUUGCUGCUGAUGAUAAUGUAGAAACCAGUGAUCAGCCAAAGCUCGACGAUCACAAUCAUGUUGGUCAUAAUCACACGCAUCAUCACGGAAGAAACCGAACACGUUCCAAGGGUCAUAAACAUCGUCACGGUCCAGGCCACAUACACCAUCAUCAUAACCAUACACAUACUCAUAAGCACAAUCAUGCUGAUCACGGACCUGAUGAUGAUCAUACUGGACAUGUUCAUGGAGUUGACUGUCAUAAUGAAGCAGGUCACGAACAUGGCACAGAACACGACCACAAACAUUGACAAGAAUAAAAUUGCAUUGAAAGAUCUAAUCAUGCUUAUGAAAUUGUAGUGGAACUGUUUCGACACGACUAAGGGCUUUGUUAAAAAUUUAUGUAAAAAACAUUUAAAACAAUAAAAUUUACUGAAACUUGGAAAAAA